AGGGUUAUUGUUGGUGUAUAACAUAGCCCAGCUACUAUAUCAUCGCUCGGUAUUCAGGCAAUGGAGUGACUGAAGCACUUGCUAUUUUCAGUCAUAGCGACCAGGCUGGUCUAGCCCCCCUCAAAUCAUCAUGGCUGCUUCGAUCUACGAGGAUUUCAAGCAGGGUCACAGCCUUGGUUCUGGCGAUCGUCUGGCAGCUUCACUUACCCCGAUCGCUCCCGCCGAGUACCCAGACCGACUACGCGCCUUCUACCAUUCAGGGUCAGGAGACGUGCCGGAUUUGCAUCGCACCUUGUUCCGGAAUCACAAACUGAAGUUGCCAAAGCAAGAGCAGGCUGCGUGGGUGGAUAUAUACACUGCUUAUUGGAAAGCAGCGGGGGAACUCGUCAAGCUUGACGAUGGUACGGAGGGCGCGAGCUGGUCGAAGGUAUUCGAUGCCUGGAAGGCGACUGCCAAUGCUUUGAUACGAGGGUACUCGACAUCAUCUCUCCAAGCGUGGACCUUGCCCUGUCUCUAUGUCAUUGGGAAGUACUUGCGGCUGUUUGCGAUGCGGGCGGACGCGGAGCAACCAUCACAGGAGUCGAUCGGGUUUAAUGACGACCUGCAGGAUGAUGUCGUUGCAGACUUUGAGAAGAGCGCCAAGCUGGAGGAGGCUGCUCGUAUUAUGAACCGCAUGUUCACUUUGUGUCUCAGUGACAGGGCGCCGAUCGAAGACUCGAGAAAGUGGGGGAUCUACAGCACGACUAAUCUUCUGUUCAAAACAUACUUCAAGUUAAACUCGGUUGGACUGUCCAAGAAUCUCCUGCGAGCUUUAAAUGCCUCUUCGGCGGAUACACCUGAGCUGGAAGCGUUUCCCAAGUCGCAUAUCGUUCCUUUUGAAUAUUACGUCGGAGUGAUUCAUUUUCUAGAUGAGAAAUACGCGGAAGCGGAACAACAUCUCACCUAUGCAUGGAAAAUGUGCCACAGAGAUGCAUUCAAAAAUAAAGAGCUCAUUCUCACUUACCUCGUACCCUGCCAUAUCGUGACAACACACACCCUGCCAAGUAAAGGGCUUCUUGCACCAUUUCCGCGGCUAGAGAAACUCUUUCGCCCGCUAUGCGACUGCAUCAGAAAGGGCGAUCUGGUUGGUUUUGACGCAGCCAUGUCUGCCGGCGAGGAAGAGUUUGUGAAACGGCGUAUCUAUCUACCCCUCGAAAGAGGUCGCGAUAUCGCUCUGCGGAAUCUCUUCCGACGAGUCUUCAUCGCAGGCGGGUUCGACGAAUCCAAGAACGGACAGCCCCCGAUCCGGCGUACCCGUGUGCCUGUUGCUGAAUUCGGCGCGGCGAUGAGGAUAGGCACUCACGCCGACACCAAAUCGCGAAUUGACAUGGACGAGAUUGAGUGUCUAUUGUCGAAUCUCAUUUACAAGGGUCUGAUGAAAGGUUAUAUCUCUCGGGAACGCAGCAUGGUCGUCCUGAGCAAGGGUGGCACUGCGUUCCCCGGGACAGGCGUUUAAGUCUUAUAUGAUGCUUGUUUGCAACACAUGCAUUUCAAUUAUUGAAGCGUGCUGGCAAGGGGUAUUCGGACGACGCGGCGUCCAAGUAGUUAUUGUUUAUGCUUCGAAUUCUGCCUUUGUCUGCCCAAUGGAUAACCUUCGGAGGUUGAGCGCCUAGAUACGUGCUCGCUUUUUCGCCUGGCUCUAGACUCGUCAGGCGUGUUAUUCCAACCCGGGCUACCCAGGUAUAAGUCAGGGUCCAUUAGCACUUAAAGCUAGAAAGGAAUUGUCUGGUCAUAUCUCUGACUUUGAAGGCAUGGUGAUUAGAUUCUGAUAGUUUAUAUAAGAAUCCAUGUCCUAGCUAGAUGCCUGUCCACUCUCCUGAUCCCAAACUAGACAU